CAGCUUCCCACUGGAGAUUGAGGAGCUGUCAUCUGCGCGGCUGUGAGUCGCCGGGAUGUUACCACUACCGAUCGUCUCCCAACCAGGCCACGGCGUCGGCGAUGAUAUCCGCGGCGGCAGACGGUGAGAAGUCCUCGGCCCACCUCGACCAACCUCUCCUCGGGCAGUCUCAGCAUCCGCAGCCCUACUACGCCUAUCCUGCCGCUUCCUACGCCUACGCUCCGCCGCCGCCGCCACCUCCUCCUCCUCCCCCGACGCUCUACCUCCUCCCCUCGUCGCCCGUCUUCGUCCGCAUCCGCCGCCUACGCCCGCGACGCAUCCCGUGCAUCCGCCGCUUCUCCACCCGCACGCUCCCGCUCCUCCUCGUCUUCGCGCUCCUCGCCGGCCUCGCGUUCCUCCUCUACCCGUCCGCACCCGCAGCCCACGUCGCCGAUAUCCGCCUCGACCGCUUUCGCAUCAAUCCGCCCCCUCUCCCAGCUCUGGAUUUUAAACUUGCGCUCAGCCUCGGCGUCCGAAAUCCCGGGUUUCUCCUCCCUCUCCGCUACCGCGCCGUCUCUGCCGCUGUCUCGUACCGCGGCCAUCUGCUCGGCUCCGCCACUGCGCGCCCUGGAUCUGGCGAGCUCGCGGCCAGAGGAGUUACGUAUGCCUAUUCUGAGGUAUGGGUGGACGCAGGCAGGGUCUUGGAUGAGGUGAUCGAGCUGAUUGGGGACAUCGCCGAUGGGUCUGUGCCGCUGGAGAUCGUGACCGAGGUCGUCGGCACGGUCAGGGUGUUCCGUAUUGACAUUCCAGUGAAGGGCCUCAUAUCGUGCUCGGUGAAUGUCAGCCCAGACACUCAGCGUAUCAUAAGUCAGGAUUGCUACUAAGUUAACGCUGUCUCUGAUGGUUCUGGAGCAACUUCAACGAACAUUUUACCACUUCUCUACUCUUCCCCCCAAUAGUGAAGCUUUGUCACUUGAAGGAAUAUGGUCGAACACUUCGUAAGUGUAGCUACUAUUAAAGUUGCAGAACUGUGUUGAUAACUUGCCGAGUAUAUGUUUGUAAAUAGUUUGUUCUAUUGUAAAAGAAGAUAUAUGAUUUGUACUUUGAGCGUGCUUUAUAUAUAGUCUUGUACAUGCUGCUGCUAA